AUGAUCCUUGGCUCGCCUUUGAGGUACUCAAUCGACCAACCGGACAAUGCUCGCUGGGACUUCUUUUAUGUCACUGUGUCCUACACCGCCCUUUUCAUUUUCGAGCUCAUGAUGCGGGUAUGGGCCUAUGGAAGAGAGGUUUUCUGUUCAUCGGACGAUUGGAUGUGGGGUUGGCUGGACCUCACAAUUUGCAUCACGUCCGUCCUGCAGUUGACCGAUGACUUCUCUGUACUUACACAGCAGGAUGCUGGCGACAGUUCGACGAACUCCUCCGUGCGGGCCUUCCGCAUAAUCCGGGUCGCUCGCAUUCUGCGUGCUGUUCGCGUGGUACGGGUAUUACGAUUUGUAACAGCCCUGCGAACGUUGGUCAUGUCUAUCUUCCACACCUUGAAGGCCUUAUUCUGGGCCCUCGUCUUGCUUAUUCUCAUCGUCUACGUCUUUGCGACACUGUUCUCGUUCGCUGUCCAUGAGUAUAAGUAUCUUGGUGAUGGGGAGUUGCCCACGGCACAGCAGGAGGUGGCCGACCGUCAUUUCAAUUCCGUUCCAAGAACCAUGCUAAGUCUCUUCAUGGCUAUUUCCGGUGGAAUGAAUUGGCGUGAGCUCGUCUAUGUGCUGGAGGAGAUCUCCGUGGCCUGGGAGUUUUGCUUUCUCUUUUACGUGUCUUUCACGUACUUUGCAGUGUUAAACGUAGUAACAGCCGUCUUCUGCCAAGCAGCUAUUGACAGCGCUCAGCAAGAUCAAGCCUCCGUGAUCCAGUCCAUCUUGGAGAACAAGGAAAUGCACCUGGACAAGAUCCGCAAUCUUUUCAGCCAGUUCGGUGGGGAGGAGUGUAAUACUAUCACAUUCGCCAUGUUCGAGGCGACCAUUCAGGAGCCCAAGGUCAGAGAGUACUUCGAGUCUCUCGGGCUCGAUAUUUGGGAUGCAUGGAGCUUCUUCAAGAUGUUGGACUUGGACAAUGGUGGUGAGGUCGAGAUCGACGAAUUUUUGAUGGGGUGCUUACGCUUACGAGGCAAUGCACGCGCCGUCGAUGUCGGCAAGCUCAUUCACGACCAGAACUGGCUCAUCAAGAAUUUCGGCAAGUUCCAGG